GGGCUGUGCACGCGGAGAAGGGAGCCUGAGGGACUAGCGGACGGACGGACGGACAGGACCGUCUCCAGCCCCGCGCCAUGGCCGAGAGGAAGCAGUCCGGGAAGGCGGCAGAGGACGAAGAGGUCCCUGCCUUUUUUAAAAAUCUGGGCUCUGGCAGCCCCAAGCCGCGGCAGAAAUUCUGUGGUAUGUUUUGCCCGGUGGAAGGGUCCUCCGAGAACAAGACCAUCGAUUUCGAUUCACUGUCGGUGGGCCGGGGCUCGGGGCAGGUGGUGGCCCAGCAGCGGGACGUCGCCCACUUGGGCCCGGACCCGCAGACGCCGUACUCGCGGCAGGGCCGGCGGGCCGGCGGGGAGCCAUCUGUUGAAUCGGGCAGGAAGGUGGAGAUCCGGCGGGCCUCGGGCAAGGAAGCCCUUCAGAACAUCUGCGACCAGAGUGAUCGUCUUCUGAUCAAAGGAGGUAAAAUCGUCAACGAUGACCAGUCAUUCUAUGCAGACAUAUACAUGGAAGAUGGGCUGAUCAAGCAAAUCGGAGAAAACCUGAUUGUGCCAGGAGGGGUGAAGACCAUCGAAGCCCAUUCCCGAAUGGUGAUCCCUGGAGGAAUUGAUGUCCACACUCGUUUCCAGAUGCCCGACCAGGGAAUGACAUCCGCUGAUGAUUUCUUCCAAGGAACCAAGGCUGCCCUGGCUGGGGGCACCACCAUGAUCAUUGACCAUGUGGUUCCUGAGCCUGGGACCAGCCUGCUGGCCGCCUUUGACCAGUGGAGGGAAUGGGCCGACAGCAAGUCUUGCUGCGACUACUCUCUGCACGUGGACAUUACCGAGUGGCACAAGGGCAUCCAGGAGGAGAUGGAAGCUCUGGUGAAGGAUCAUGGGGUCAAUUCCUUCCUUGUGUACAUGGCUUUCAAAGACCGCUUCCAGCUGACGGAUUGCCAGAUAUAUGAAGUCCUGAGUGUGAUCCGGGAUAUUGGUGCCAUCGCCCAAGUCCAUGCGGAAAAUGGCGACAUCAUCGCAGAGGAGCAACAGAGGAUCCUGGACCUGGGCAUCACCGGGCCUGAGGGACAUGUUCUCAGCCGGCCUGAGGAGGUGGAGGCCGAGGCUGUGAACCGUUCCGUCACCAUUGCCAACCAGACCAACUGUCCGCUGUACAUCACCAAGGUGAUGAGCAAGAGCGCGGCUGAAGUCAUCGCCCAGGCCCGGAAAAAGGGAACCGUGGUGUAUGGCGAGCCCAUCACUGCCAGCUUGGGAACGGAUGGCUCCCACUACUGGAGCAAGAACUGGGCCAAGGCAGCCGCUUUUGUCACUUCCCCACCUCUGAGCCCUGAUCCCACCACUCCAGACUUUCUCAACUCCCUGCUGUCCUGCGGUGACCUCCAGGUCACUGGCAGUGCCCAUUGUACUUUCAACACCGCCCAGAAGGCCGUGGGAAAGGACAACUUUACCCUGAUUCCCGAGGGCACCAACGGCACCGAGGAGCGGAUGUCCGUCAUCUGGGAUAAGGCUGUGGUCACUGGGAAAAUGGACGAGAACCAGUUUGUGGCUGUGACCAGCACCAACGCAGCUAAAGUCUUCAACCUUUAUCCUCGGAAAGGCCGCAUUGCUGUGGGGUCUGAUGCAGACCUGGUCAUCUGGGACCCCGACAGCAUCAAGACCAUCUCUGCCAAGACACACAACAGUUCUCUCGAGUACAACAUCUUUGAAGGCAUGGAGUGCCGUGGAUCUCCGCUGGUGGUCAUCAGCCAGGGGAAGAUCGUGUUGGAGGAUGGCACCCUUCAUGUCACCGAAGGCUCUGGGCGCUACAUCCCCCGGAAGCCCUUCCCUGACUUCGUUUACAAGCGCAUCAAGGCCAGGAGCAGGCUGGCGGAGCUGAGAGGGGUUCCUCGUGGCCUCUAUGAUGGACCCGUGUGCGAGGUGUCUGUUACGCCCAAGACCGUCACUCCCGCUUCCUCGGCCAAGACGUCUCCUGCCAAGCAGCAGGCGCCCCCUGUGCGGAACCUGCACCAGUCUGGAUUCAGCUUGUCUGGUGCCCAGAUUGAUGACAACAUUCCCCGUCGCACCACCCAGCGCAUUGUGGCACCCCCUGGCGGCCGUGCCAACAUCACCAGCCUGGGCUAGAGCUUCUGGCCCCACCAACCACCUGGGGAUGGGGGAUGGGACACCUGAGGACAUUCUCAGACUUCCUUCCUUUUCUUUUCUUUAUUUCUUCUUUUUUUUUUUAACAGCCUGUGAUAGUAACUGUGGGGGCAGCCAGUUCCUGGGGCGUGCACUGGGGUCCCCUGGCUCUGUGUGGUGUGUGGAGUUCUGCUGUCGCUCAUCCACUUUCCUUCACAUCCACCAACACCACAGCCAUGUGUGAGCACCCACCUGCACACAGACCACACCCAACACUCAGACAUGCGCAACAAAGCAAAUCACCCAGAGGGGUCUUCAUCUCCACCUCUGCUGCACUCCUUAGCAUCCUCCUGUCCCUGAGGGAAGAGAAAGUGAAUUGCC